CUGACUGCCCAGCCACUCUGACCACAGCCAGGGCCACAUCCCACUGCCUGCCCAGCGUCCAUCCAUGGAGGGAGGUGCUGGAGGCCCUGCUCCGUGCAGUCCCUCCAGCUCAGCCUCCAGAGGGUCUUUGAGGACACAAAAGAAAAAACAGCCUGCAGAAAUGAUCCUGCCAUGGACACGGGGGUCUGAACCUGCUGAGCCCUUCCACUGAUCUGCUGAAGGAACCCAGGAGGGAGCCGCUUUAGGACAUGGAUCCCAAAGGAGCAAGAGGGACCAGGAAGCGCCGCUGAUCUGCACAGACCCCUUUGCCUGCUGCUGCCCCACAGGGAACAGGGAGCUGCUGAGGAGCCACAUGGUCCAUCCCUGGGUUCUCCAAGCACUGACUGCCCAUCCACUCUGACCACAGCCAGGGGCCACAUCCCACUGCCUGCCCACUGUCCAUCCAUGGAGGUGACCACCCUGUCCCCAUCUCCUGCCUCACCCACAGAAGGAGAUGAUCUGUGUGGGACAGAUGUCACCAGCGUGGCCACCCACAGUGUGACCCUGCUCGUCUGCCUCUGUGGGCUGGUUGGGAAUGGGGCUGUCAUUCGCCUCCUCAGCCUGAAGGGUGAUAACUUUUUCAUCCGUGCAUUGGCUGUCACCGACUUCCUCUUCCUUCUCCUCACAGUCCCCUCUGCCCUCAUCCUCCUGGUGGAGGACGUGUCCUGCUCUCUUAUCCUGCCCGUGCUGUACCUGCGUUUCCUUUUCCGACUCUCUUUGUUCUCCUGUUACUGGGUGCCGCUUUUGCUGAUGACUUUCAGCCUUUCAAUGUAUAUCAAAAAGCUCUUGAAGCGCUGCUGCCGCCGUGACCUUCCUAAUGAUCUGCUUUGGGUGGUGAUGAUUGUCCAGUUUUGGGCUUUCUCUGCUCUCUUCACUGAGAUUCCCACACUGACAUCCCAGUGCCAAUCAAAUGAUCAGGAGCACUGCCGGGCAGCCCUCAUCACCAUGUGGGCCAUCAUCCUGCUCCUCCUUGUCACACCCAUAACUGUGCUGGUCAUUUCCAGCACAAUUAAUUUAAUUAAGGCCAAGUGGGGCUCCGAGCAGAAGCAACCCGAGGGGCUCGACAUCGUUAUCGUCUCCAUUGGUCUCUUCACUCUCCUUUUCAUCCUCUGCAAUUUCCUGCAGCAGCUUGGUUACGUUGCUGUGCCCUCCCAUUUCUUUUUCCUGCUCACCUGCAUCAACAGCAGCAUCAAACCCUUCAUCUACUUCUUGGCAGGGAGGUGCUGGAGGUCCUGCUCUGUGGAGUCCCUUCGGCUCUCCCUCGAGAGGGUCUUUGACUAGUCAGAAGAAAACACUGCCUGUGGAGAUGAUCCGGCCAUGGAUACACAUGGGUGUCUGAGUCUAUUGAUUCCUCCUACUGCCCUGCUGAAGAACCCCAGGACAGUGGCUGAGAGAUUCCUUGAGUCUCCUGAUCAAUAAAUACCCACAGGAUCACCCUCCCUGUGCAGGUGCAUCCCCAGCCCCUUUCCAGGCCACUCUGGGCUCUGAUCCGUGCUUGGGAGGCCUCAGCCUUGAGGAACAGCCCCUGGGCUCAGCUCCUGUGGCACUGAUCAGAAACACCCUCUGCACCCAGCAACUGCUGCUGUCCAACCACCUCCUGGGCUUUCAUCAACAGCCUUGGAAAUUCUUGUACUGCCCUGGAUGCCACAGCAUCCCUGUUCUGCCACUGUCCCAGCAAGCUGCUGGCCCCAAGUGUGGCCAGGCUGAACCAUUGCUGUGAGUGGCGCCCAUGCCUUGGGGCCCUGUGAGCAGCGGCCCCAAAGGAGAGCCUUGGAGCUCUGCUGGGCCCAGCAGCGCUGAGCAGAAGCUCCCUGGCACUGGGGCCUCUCCCAGCUGGGAUCUCUCCCGGCUGCUGCCCUGGGCUGAUCCCCGAACGCCCACGGCUCCUGGGCCCAUCCCCCCAGGGCUCCAGGCCCAGCCCUUGGCCCAGGGAGGAGAUGCAAAGGGAUCCACAGGGAGCAUUUCACUGCCUGCCAGGGCAAUUGCUCACAGGCACCUUGCACUCACUCUGCCUGGCUGGCUGGCUGUGUGCACACACGUCUGCAUCUGCUGGGGCAAAUGUGGCAGAAAUGCUGCUCUCUCAGCUGUGUUAGUACCUGAGACAUCUGACUGGGGCAGGCCUGCAAGGAACUAUCAGACAUAGGUUAAAUGCAGUUUAGAGAUGUUCCUCUGUAAAUGGCUAACUUUAAGCUAUAACUGAAAUACUGCUAAAUUUCUGUGCUGUAAAUCUUUUAGGCUCUUUUCCUUUUUAUCCUUACCCUCCUUUUUACCCCUACCCUGUGUCCUUUUGUCACAUGCCCUUGAACAAACACACAAACACACACACAGGGAUAGAGCUUUUUAUUAUUAAACAUUUUUACAGAUUUUACUGGUUU